AUGAAAUUCUCUAGAAUUUUAAUCUUGGCCACAACAACAACGCCCCUGGUGUUCGGUAAACAAAGUGUUUUUAAUUUUAAUGACUGGUCUAAAGACGAUUUGGUUGAUUACCUGCUGGACAACUCCCCCGUCUCUUUAAACACUAACAAUGACCCACAAUACAACCUCAAAUACUUGACUUCUAAAUCUAUUGAUGAGCUGAAAAGAGAUGCUCAAUCUUAUUGGAAUCAAUACAAUAAAAGUCUGGAUACCAAAAAAAGACAAUGGUGGGAUCUAUGGUCCAAAGUAUCAGAUUGUUACCAUUAUUACUGGCAGAGUUGCGGCGGCAACGGCAGCAACAAACAAAACUUUCAUGCCACUAAUUACUUCCCAACAUUCUCCAAUGAAAAUUCCGUCUCAAAUUCCGUCUCAGAUUGGUUAUUCGGUACCUGGUCAACAGAUACUCUAAUAGAGUUUUUGAAAUCUAAUGGAAUUGACAUCCAUGGUGUAGAAGAUAAAAAUAUCGAUAUCCACAACUCAAAAGACAAGUUGAUAAAUCUAAUUAGAAAAAAUUUUCACACUCUCUCCACCAAAAUGGGGAAAUCUGGUCUCUAUCCAUCAAAGGACUAUUUCAAGAACUGGUCCAAAAACGACCUAGUCCUAUGGCUGGACAGAUUUAAAGUAUCCUACGAUAGAGAAAGCAUCAAGGAUGACAAAGACAAGUUAUUGAAUCUGGUCAGACAGAACAUUUAUAAAAUGUCUGAUCUUUUACAAGAUGAAAGAAUUAGACUCCUAACUGGUCUGCAAUUGUUCAACAAACAACUCUAUGACAAAAAUGGGAACUUGAAACCAAAUGUGUUUGAUUCCUGGAACACCCAGCAUUUGGAGAAAUGGCUGCAAUCUCAUGAGAUCCCAGUUCAGGAAAAUUUAGUCAAUUCGCGCGAAUAUCUGGUCCAAUUGGCCAACAAGAACCGCGACUUGCUAAUGGAUGAUAUCAAUUGGUAUCUAAGCGUGUCAAAGCAAAAAAUAGGUAGUAGUAACCCCUUCUUAAAGAAAACUCCUGCAUACGUUUCUUCUCUUUGGAAUGUCUCCAAAAAUUAUUUUCAAUCUUUAUAUGGAAAAUGUCAAAAUAAGAGCAGCGAUAUCAUUAAUGACACAUUUUUGGUAGGCAUAGAUAAUUGGUCAAAGGAUAGAUUGAAAAAAUUUUUGGAUCUAAGAGAUAUAAAAUAUCCCUAUUUCGCCACAAAGCAAGAACUGAUUAAUUUGGCCGUGGAAAAUAGAAAUAAACCAUUGAAAAAAUUGCUAAAAAAAUGGCAGCAGACCAUGCAUACAUUGAAUAAAGAUGUUCAAGGUGUUAAAGAUUGGAGUGUAGAGAACAAAAACGAUUUCAUGGAAUCAGAAACAUAUGAAAAUCUGUUGAAUAAUCUGGCUAUCCUCAAUCAACAAAGAAAGGAUUGGCAACAAUCAAUGAAGCAAAACCUUGAUGCAUGGUCAACUGACGACUUGAAAGAAUAUAUUAAACAGUUCGGUGUCAAAUUAGAUGAAAAGAUGUACUCCAAAGAUGAAUUAAUUGAACUAGCUAAAGAAAACACCCAGUGGUUCUUAGGCAUUCCAAAAAACGAACCUUUCUAUAAAAAAGGAUAUAAAAAACUAGCUACAACUUUUACAAGAUGGAAAAAAUUAUAUUUAGGAUAG